AUGUCUGCCUUCUUCAAUUUUCAGAGUCUGUUGACUGUAAUCUUGCUGCUUACAUGUGCCUGUGCUUAUAGUCGAUCCUUGGCUCCCAGCGUCCUGGAUAGAAAUAAAACUGGACUAUUGGGUAAAUUUUGGAAGUGUGCCAGAAUUGGUGAAUGGAAGAGUCCUUAUGUUGCAGCAGGUUGUAUUGUGAUGGCAUUCAGCAUCCUGUUCACACAGUAGCUUGGAACAGUGCCAGAAAUUAAUCACCAUCAGAUUUCAAUAUGAAAAAGGACUUACCUACAGAAAAUAA